AUGAAGCCGGUUCCUGUCCCGCCUCUCUCGGCCUGCCCUCCCUCUCUCGCGCUCGCUUUGCUCUUUCUUUCACAUCUCCUCUCCAGCUGCUCUGCCUCGCCAUGGCUCAACGGAGGCGCCGUAGUCCGCUCGACUGUUCUCGCAGCAAAUAAGUCCGUUUCCCCUGACUGGCCGUUGAACCGAAAACGCUGCUCACCCACCGGGCGCGGCGCAGCUCGGAAUGCUCCGUGGUCUCUUGCGUUUGCCUCGAUCCGCGCUUUGCCGUCUUCCACGCCCUCGUGGCUGGGGAGGAACAAGCUGUUGAGCAGGCGGAAUAGCAACCGCGAGAGUGGAGAGAGGGGGGACAAGCGAGAGAAGACCAAAAGACGAGGGCGAGGAGAGGCCGAGGAGAGACAGGAUCCGUUUGCCAACUGGACAGAAGAUUCGUUUCUCGACAAAACAAAUGAGUCUCUGCAAGGCGCGACAAACCGCGUGAAGCAUCGCCUUGCUCAGCUGAGGCCCGAAGCCGCCAGCGUCUUGGCCCUCGAGAAGAUCUUCCUUCGGCUGCCUGCGGCGCCUCCCACUCGGCCGUCAGACGGCCUUGCGCCUGUCUCCGUUCGGUCAGUUGUGACAGUGAAGCAAGUGUCUCCUUCGACUCUCGCCUUGCAGCCCCUCGAGAGCUCCCUUCAGCUUUUUGCGGCGAUUGAGAAGGCGCUCUCGACUGCGUCGCUUGGCCUGUCAGUCCGCACCAAAAAUGAGGACGAGAAGGGAGCGAAAAGGCAAAGGGAAAUGCUUGUCGAUUUCCCAGCUCUCACUCAAGAGCGGAGGCUGCAACUUGUGAACGAAGCGAGAGCGGAAGCUGAGGAAGGACGCGUCGUCUUGAGACGCCUCCGUCGCGAACUGCUGGAGGAGCUCCGCGGCGUCAAGAAGGCUGGAGGAAUCGGCGAAGAUCGAAUUUCCAAACUUCAAGACCGCGUGCAACAAGCGACGGAAAAGAAGAUUGCAGAGAUCGACACCACCCUUUCGUCCAAAGAGAAACAACUCCGAACGGUCUAA